AUGACAAGCGCCCUAGAACUGGUAAGGCAAGAUGUCGAAAUCAUGCAUCGUCCAGAAUUCGAGAACAAGGUGGUCAUCUCCGGUCAACCGCUUACGAGUCCAAACCGCGAUGGCGGUAGAUGGUGUAGAUUCGAUAAUGGACGCGUGCAAACCUUCCGUGACGCGCUCAGCGACGUAUCGACCGCCGAACUAUUCAACGCACUCGAUAUCCUGCUGGUCCAGUUUAAAGAGGACAUAGAAAGACGUGAAAGUGAGGAAGAAAGGGAAAGGAACAUAACGUUGAAGCUGAAGAGAGCUUAUAAAGCGGGAAACAAACUUCGUGCAAUCCACGAAGCAGGGGAUCUCAACCCGGAAAGAACGGUGACAGAGGAGCUGUUUGCAGUAUAUACUAAAAAGGAAGAAGCGUAG